AUGGUGUACAUCAGUUUCAGCGCACUCUGUGUUAGUGCUGCCAGUAUAUUCGGUCUUGUUCAAGCCGCAACUCCCCCAGUUUGCAAUUCCAUAAAUUACACAAGUCCUUAUGCCCCCUUGAAUGCUAAUCGUAGCAUUUGGACCCUCAAUGUUACAAACUUCCGCACUGAGCAUUCGGUAAAGGGUGGCUACAACAAAUCCUGGGACCUGUCUGACUUGCCCGCUUAUCAGCCCCAAGACCUCCUCAAUGGAACACUCCGUAUUUGGGGCAGUAACUACCUCAAAGAUGGCCAGCUCGGUCAGUAUUGGCAGGAGACUUUCAAUAAGUUCCAGCCAGGGAUCAAAAUCGAGUACAAUCUCCCCACAACUGCCAUUGGCAUUCCGGCACUUGCUGUGAAGGCUGCUGACCUUGGUGUUGGCCGCCCCGCGACCCUCAUGGAUUAUCUGACCUACCAACAAGUCUUUGGCCAUGAUCCUGUCGAGAUUGUCGCCGCAACCGGCUCGUACGACGUCUAUGGUUGGUCUCCAGCCUUUGCCAUUGUUGUCCGCGAGGAUAAUCCUCUGGAAAACAUCACCAUGAAAGAAUUGGAUGGCGUAUUUGGCACUGCUCGCGGAGGCGGGUAUAAUAGGAGUACCUGGAUGACCAGCUAUCCCUACAAGCGUGGACCCGAGUACAACAUCCGUACUUGGGGCCAGCUCGGCCUCAAGGGCGAGUGGGUAAAUGCACCCAUCCACCCAUGUGGUCAGACCACGAAAGCCAAUAUCCAAGAUGUUUUUCAAAAUCUCGUCUUGUGGGGAAGCAACCAGUGGGUUGAAGGCUUGCGCACAUUCGCCAACUAUGCCAUGACAAACAAUACCCUGGCUACCUGGAGCAAGCAAGUUUUGGCCGCCGGCAAUGCCGACCCGUACUCAAUCUGCGUUGGAUCACCCGAGGUGGUUGGGCCCGGCAUGAAGGAGCUUGCCGUCCAAGGCUUCAAUGGCGGGCCCUACGUGAAGCGCAACUUGGAGACAAUCCGGGCUCGCGAAUAUCCGCUUUACAAUGAGAUUUUCUUCUUUGCUAACAAGGAGGCCGGUGAGCCCAUGGAGCCCAUGGUAUAUGAGUUCCUUAAGUUUAUCCUUAGCCAAGAAGGCCAAAAUCAGGUCCAGCGCGAAGGGCGAUAUCUACCUCUCCCGGGCUCUGUUGUGAACAAGAUGCUGAAGAAGAUCGAGCCCAGUGCAUAG